AUGUUUGCAUCGGAAAGUCACGCUCCAUCAAUCAAGUCACGAAACACCAACCACUGGAUACAGUCUACAGGUCGAUCCAUGGCGAGUGGUCCUCAGUUACUGUCUCCUAAGCUAAAAGUAUUUGGUGCAUCAGGACCAACGGGCCUUGAAGUUGUUCAGCAGAAUCUGGCAAAAGGCCAUGCUGUUACUGCUGUAGUGAGAACCCCGGAAAGUUUCUCUAUUGAGUAAGUGGAUUUUGACUUACCUGUGCUAGUUGUUGUCGUCUUUAAAUCUUACCUUUGCGAAUCAAAGCGACUUUGCAAGUUUCUUUCUAGACUCUUAUCCAUUGAAAAUUUUAAAGUAAAAUCAAACAAAUAAAAUGAGACGGAAUCUUUUCGAAUUUCGAAUCUUCACUUGCACAAUUAAAGACAUCGUCUUGGAUAAACGCGCAAUGUAUCUGUUUCUGUGCAAACAAUACAUGCAAGUAUAUUGUAAAAUUAUGCGUCAGUUAUAUUUCUAUUUUCAAUGGAAAGCGGAUAGAACGCUGCCUUAAUGUGUAUUUCUGUGCGAAAUCAUCGACUGAGUAGCAGCGGACCCAGAAAACAUAUGACAACGCAACAAAACUAGAAAUCAAGAAGGCAAUUUACAUAUAAUCCAAUCUCUCAAACUCUCUUAUUUUCUCGGUAAAGUAAACAACCUUUUGUCGAUCUUUGUCGAUUAUUGAUUGGAACCAAUAGAGAGGCCUUCCAAAAGCUACUAUUACCACGGAGUUGUAAAUCACAUUUCGGAGCAUGUGUAGGCAAGACGAGAAAAGGGAAAAAAAUGUUUUUUGGGGCGCUCAAGUUGAGAUCUAUGUUAGGUUGUUAUUCUUUGCUAAUUUAUUCUUGGCUCGCACUCUUUUAAAACAACGAAUAUAUAAUUUUUCAAAGUUAGUAAAAGCACGACGCUGCUAAACGAAUUCAAAGUAAGACAUAUUUAACAGAUCCAAAUUAUCACCCAUUGCUCUCACCUUGUCGUGUUCUGCAUUAAUUUAAAAGACAUCAAAAUCUUGAAGUAAUCAAAUAGAUGUCUUUGAUGUAGAGUCUACAGCAUCCAUCAUCGACGGAAAGAGUGCUGUGUUUUUAUGCCUGGGUUUUCACAAUGGAACAUUUUUCUCACCAAUGAUGUUAUACUCCAAAUCUAUACGUCCAUAA